CUAGUAAAUUAAGCAAAGCCCCCGAGCUUCAGUCAUGUCUAGCAGAACAUCAUCAACAACUACUUCAAAUGCUACUGAGGAGGAGAUUAAUGAUCUUGUUUUGAGACUUCAGUCAUUGCUUCCACGGCGUAAUCAAAGGAGGCGCAACCGAACGUUAUCAGCAUCCAAGGUUUUGAACGAAACUUGCAGUUACCUCAAGAGGUUACAAAAAGAGGUUGAGGACCUCAGUGAACGGCUCGCUCAACUGCUGGAUUCUGUGGACACCACUGCUGUUGAUGUUGAGCUUAUUAGAAGACUUCUGCAAUGAUAAAGAUCCUCUAUAUCUCUCUCUCCCUCCCUCAUGUUUCUCAUUUUUCUAGUGAUCAGAAAAUGUUUGUAAUAUAUAUUACAACUUUUAUUACAUGCAGUCUCUUUCAAACCCACGCGACAAUCUAGCUACACAAAUGUCACAUGGAGUACUCUUAGCAACGGCUAGUACUCUUUUUAGUGAAGAUCGUUCGGGACUGCACCGCGCGACUUGGACAUGCAUGUAACAGCCAAAAUAUUCCUUUAAACCAAUAAAUGUAUGUUCAAUGUAUUUGUU